AUGGAUGAACCCAUUGAUGAUGGUUUAUUGCAAGAGCAUCAUGAAAUCCAAAUAGAAUCCACAGACGAUGAAUAUGAAAGCGAGGAAACUGAGGAGGAUGAGGACGAAGACGAAGACGAGGAGUUUGAAGAAGACAUAGAUAGUAUGGCUCGAGGCAGAGGUCGUGGCAAGUCCUUAGGUAGGAGUAAUCUUGCUAUUCACGUAAGCAUGCCAACUAUUCCAAUGCCCACUAUAGUUUCUCCUAACCAAGGUGGUACCCCAAUCAUUGACGCAUCAGCUCAAAUUAACACCCCAACCAUAUCUGAGACACCUCCAGUUACACAAAAUCAGAGUAAUCCAAUAGCUCAGGAUCUGUCUACUCAGAGCAUCCCAACAUGUCAUGGCAACCCAACUGCUGAAGGUGAUAUAUCCACUCAAAGCAACCCAACUGCUGAAGGUGGUAUAUCCACUCAAAGCAACCCAACAGGUCAUAGAAACACAAUUGCUGAAGGUGAUUCUAGUAGUAGCCACACACGGACCCAUAUUUUUCUAACUUCUGCAGGGUUGGAACCUUCUAUAACAUGCUCUAGUUUCAUAACCAAGUCUUUUAGAUAUGAAGUUGAUCCCAAUGGAAUCAAUUGGAGAAGUGUUUCAAAUGAUGUAAAAGAUGGUUAUUUUGGAGAAUUCAAGAAAAAAUUCUAUUGGGAUGUUUCCAUUAGUGAAAGUGAAGUGAAGAGACACUGGUUGGCUAAGGCAGCAAUAAAAUACAAGAAUUUCAUUUCUAAAAUAAAAGGGGGAGGAAUUAGGCCAGGUUAUGUACCUGAGCAUGUGUGGGAAAAAUGGAUGCAACUUUGGGGAACUGAUGAGUCUAUUAAAAAGUCAGAAACAAAUUCAAAGAAUCGUCGUGGUGGCCAUGAAGUUGCUGCUGGGACUCACACGGGUGGCUCUAUUUCAAUUGGAGAAUAUCGCAAGAGACUUGAAACAUAUGAAGAGAUCUUACAGGAAAAAACGGCAUCUCAAUCUGAUAUUGAUCAAUCUGAAGCAUAUUACCAAGCUGCGGGCGGAGAAAAGAAGAGAAGAAUAUACGGUCUUGGAUCUGAAGCGAAAAAUUACUACAAGCAUAAGCUUUGUGGCUCAUCAUCUGUACGACCUUCAGUUUCUCAAUCAGCAUCAACAACAAAUAUGGAUGAAUUUGUAAAGGAAAUGCUUCCUGCACUUACUAAUCAUUUUCUUCCUGUUAUUAUGGAGCGGGUACAAGAAAUGAUUACUCCCGUUGACAAUCCGUCACCUUUGACCCCCAUAGUGCCUCCUCCUGCUACUACUAAUGAGGUUGAUCCCUUAGUUUCAAGUGACGACGAUUCUAUCCCAUAG